UUUUGUUGUACGCGUGUGUCGUGUGCACUUGUUGCGCUGCAUCAAUGUGUGUGUUCUCCACAAAUGCACGUGAAUGCGUGUUGCGUUUACGUACAAGUAUGCUGCGCACGUGUAUAAAUCCAGCUCGGCAUUUACUGCCCCCCCCCCCCCCAUUGACUGCCUAUCAAUUAAACAAUCGAUCACUCAAUAAUGAGCUGAAGUGAUUGACGAGUGACGGAUGUCCAGACAGUUUUCUUUUGCCCACCUGUGCUGUGUUUUCCUUCGGGCCAGGCGCGUGCUCGUGCGCGGGUCCGUCCCCCUCGGUGAACAAGGUGUACCUGCUCCCCCACCGUGUUGCCGCGUGCACGCUCCCGCCGCGUCCACGCCGCGGCUUGCUGCUCGUCUCUGUUUUCUGCUUCACUUCCAGUAUCGACCUCCUUCCUCUUCCUUCCUUCCUUCUUUCCUUCCUCACUCCUUCCUUCUUAAACCUCGUCCCACUCCCCAGCCUCCGUCUCCACCCUGCUCCUCCUCUUCCUCGUCCUCUUCCUCCGGUUCUUGUUCUUUUUGUUUGUUGGCGAUCGGUCAUCGCUGCGGCGCUUCCUUCCUUCGUGCGCGGGCUCCAUGGAGGCAGGAAGCCGGGGAGACCCGAACCAUGCACGCCGCCUCGCCUCCCGCCGACGCCGCCUCCUCCCCCGGCAUCCCUAAAUGACCCCAGGCUGAGGGCACGGGGCGGGGUGGGGGCACCCGGACCGGAUCGGACCAUGGCAUGCGGCCCGACCCGGGCAAGCAGCACUGACCAUGGGACUGCGGUCCAGGAGCGCAGCGAGUGGCUCAGAGGACCACAAGAAGGAUCCCCCGGACCAGCAGGGUGGAGUCGGGGUGGACAAGGAUGGCGCUCUGCUGGCGGUGGCGACGGCGGUGGUGGCGGACUACAAGCGGGGGUCGCAAGGCACGGCCAUCGGGCUCCUGGCCAAGACCCCCCUGAACUACAGCCGGCCCGCCAAGAGGAAUAACGCCCGCAAGAGGAGGAUUCAAAACCUGAUCUACGAUGCGCUGGAGAGACCCCGAGGAUGGGCGCUCCUUUACCACGCCUUCGUAUUUCUGAUCGUCCUGGGCUGUUUAAUUUUGGCUGUGUUGACAACCUUCAAAGAGCAUGAGAAGACGUCAGCUCAUUGGCUCGUGGUUCUGGAGACGUUUGCCAUCUUCAUCUUCGGGGCGGAGUUUGCGUUGCGCAUUUGGGCUGCAGGAUGUUGCUGUCGUUACAAAGGAUGGAGAGGGAGGCUCAAAUUUGCCCGCAAGCCUCUUUGCAUGCUGGACAUCUUCGUUCUGAUGGCGUCGGUGCCGGUGGUGGCGGUGCGUAACCAAGGCAACGUGCUGGCCACGUCCCUGCGCAGCCUGCGCUUCCUGCAGAUCCUGCGCAUGUUGCGCAUGGACCGGCGAGGAGGAACCUGGAAGCUUCUGGGCUCGGCCAUCUACGCGCACAGCAAGGAGCUGAUCACGGCCUGGUACAUCGGCUUCCUGUCGCUGAUCCUGGCGUCCUUCCUGGUCUACCUGGUGGAGAAGGACGACGUGUCGCUGGACGUGUCCGACCAGGACGACACCGCCGCCCAGCCCAAAGCUCAGGAUUUCGACACGUACGCCGACGCGCUGUGGUGGGGGCUGAUCACGCUGACCACCAUCGGCUACGGCGACAAGACGCCAAAGACGUGGGCGGGGAGACUUUUAGCCGGAACCUUUGCGCUGAUCGGCGUCUCCUUCUUCGCUCUGCCUGCUGGUAUCCUGGGUUCUGGUCUGGCCCUGAAGGUCCAGGAGCAGCACAGACAGAAACACUUUGAGAAGAGACGCCAUCCGGCCGCCGGGCUCAUCCAGUCGGCGUGGCGCUAUUAUUCCACCAAUCCAAUCAGGGAAGACCUCAUCGCUACGUGGAGGUUCUACGAGACCAUCAUCUCACUCCCGUGCUUCAGGAAGGAUCACCUUGAUGUCAUCACGAGCCAGAAGAUGACGCUGCUGGAGCGCGUGCGCCUUCCUAACGCGCGUCCAACCAUGGCGGCGGUGGCAGUGGCGGCGGGUAGGAAGAUGGCGGCCAAUGCCGAAGCGCUGGAGGAAAGUCCCUCCAAGGAGCCCAAGCCGGCCGGGUUCAGCAACCGCGAACGCUUCCGCACCGCCUUCCGCAUGAGGGCGUCCACGCUGCGCCACAGCUCCGAAGAUGCAGCGGCACUUGCAGAGGCGGUCACGGAGGAGCGCGGCUUCCCGCCCGACAUCCUGUUGGAGGAGAUGAUCCCCACGCUCAAGUUAGCCAUCAGGGCCGUCAGGAUCAUGACCUUCCUGCUCAACAAAAAGCGCUUCAAGGAGACGCUGAGGCCUUACGAUGUCAAGGACGUGAUCGAGCAGUACUCGGCCGGACAUCUGGACAUGCUCUGCAGGAUCAAGUACCUUCAGACCAGAAUCGACAUGAUUCUGGCACCUGGAGCCCCCCUGACCCCCAAACAGAAGAAACCUGUCAAGCCACCCUUUAAUUACCCCAACAGCCAGUCGCCCAGGCAUGAGUCCUUCUUGUCCAAAGCCCACUCCAUGGCAGAAGCUGAGGACCAAAGCAUGAUGGGAAGAUUUGUGCGUGUGGAGAGGCAGGUAGAGGACAUGGAGAAGAAGUUGGACUUCCUGGUGGACAUGCACAUUCAGCACAGCGAGCACCUGCAGGUGGACUCAGCGGGCGCCGCCCACAUGACCCUGGAGCCCUGCCACCCCCCGGCAGACGGAGACAGCCGUCGGCUCUUUCUGAACUACGGCGAGGGUUUCCCGCAAACAUCAUACCGGCCGCCCACCGUCGAGGCCGGACCGGCCGGCGGAGGAAGCGGCCGCUCUCAGGGCCAACCGCGCCCGCCGUCCUCCGUGCCCACCUACACGGCGCGCCCCACCGUGCUGCCAAUCAGCUCUCUGCAGGAUAUGUCCGGGGGCUGCGGCAGGACCACGGGGGGACACGCUGGGGGUCACGAGGGCGACUCGCCGCUGUCGCUGCUGUCGGUGAACCACGAGGAGCUGGAGCGUUCGCCCAGCGGCUUCAGCUUCUCCGGCGGAGAGCGCGACGGCGAGGAGGAGGAGGCGGCGGGGGCGGCCGUGGCUGGGGACGGCGGCUCCGCGGCCGACAACCAGACGGGGGCCAAGGAGGAAGGCAGCCGGACCCGGCCCAGACCCAGACCUGUCUACCUGGCGGAAGGCGAGACAGACACAGACACGGACCCCUUCACGCCCAGUGGGGGGCCGCUGCCCCUCUCCUCCACGGGGGAGGGGCUGGGUGAGGCCGUGUGGAGUACGCCGCCCUGAGUUGCCCACCUUUGGUCCAUCCUCGACUCGAAACCUUUAAUCCAAGCCACGCCUCCACACUUACACCCCUGUGAGGAUGUCCGCCACCACGAUGCCGGUGAUGUCGUCAGUUGCAAAAAGGUGGAACAUUUUCUGAAAAUUUGGAAAAGUCCCAUGGGAAGUUCUGGGAAUUGCUCAAACGUUCCCUAUUAAGAUUGAACCUUUAGUUUUGUAAAUCCCUGGUUCGUUCAUUCACAUGAAAAAGUCUCCCGAAUCCCCGCCCCCCCCUCCAAAAAGAUUUUGCAACUCUCGUACUCAGUGAUGUCAUCCGUGAUGUCACAGCGGUGUGGGUGGGACUGUGGAGAAGGAAGCUUUACGCCGCUGCAUGUGACGCAUGCUCACUAGUGUAGAUGCCGGCCUGCAGCAGGGCGGGAAGUGCUGGAUGACGCUCUCAACUGCUAUGCCAUUCAAAAAAAAAAAAAAAAAAUCUUUCAUACACAUCACACAUAUGUACACUACAUGUAUAGACAAUGCAUCUCGAAAGUAUCCUCGAUCCAUUUUGGAUUCAAUUAUUUUCUCUCAAUAUUUUAAAAGUCUGUAAAAUUAACCAAUGCAAAAAAUGUUGAGACUUUUAAAUUGACCACAUGCAAAAAUUCUGACAGCCGAUUAAUUUCAGAAAUACAUCAUGAAUAAAAUCAUUUGCUUCUUGGUCCCUGAUAUGCGCACAGCAAAGAUUUUGAUUACAGGAAGAACAUUUGACUGUUUUACAAGAGCUUUGUUUAACUUUGUUAUCAAGAUCGGAAUUUCUAAUU